AUGGUUCACUACAUUCACGAUAUUUCCGAAUUCGAAAGACAUUUGAGUGCGAUUUUUGACGAAAACGCAUGGUAAGUUUGAGAAAAAAACUUUAAAAAACUGUGAAAAUGUGUUUAUAUUCCAGGACAACAUUCAUAUUCGACGAAAAGGAAGGUAAAAUCAAACGAAAAGAUUGUGGGCUUGAAAGGGAAGAAAUUCCCGAAUUACUAAGAAAUGAUGAACUUUGUUGUAUCCUGACUUCGGAAGUUGGAAGUCGUGGUGGUAUUUUUUUGUUAUGGGUAUGCAACAAAAAUCCUAUUUUUUUGAAAACAAACUCAGUUUUUCCAGACACCAAUCAUGUUCGAUUAUAAAGGAAGAUCAACUUUCGAGCAAAUUUUCAAAACAAUCGGAACACAAUAUGAGAUUCAAACUUCAGUUUUGAAUCAAGAAUUGAUGCAACAGUAUUUCAACGACGUUCCGAAUGAUAGCUACAAUAAUGAAUUGACUGUUUCGGCUGUAGGAUCAACUGAAAUAGUAGCUGCAAAUUAUGCCUCACCACAUGAUAAAUCGCCAAUAAAUUCCAUUGAUCAAUCAAUUUUUUGUGGUUUUCAAUCAGGAACAGGAAGUUCAAAUUAUGUCAGUUCUGGAAUUAAAAAAAACAGAAAUGCUUCAAACUGAAUUUGGCAAACUCGAACAUUGAGAAAGUGUAAGUUGUCAAUCUUCUGAUAUUGUUCCCCAAAGCAUACUAAAACCUAUUUCAGUUUCGUCUUUAUGUCGGAUGAAGAUACCAAUAACCAAAUGUAUGUGCCAUUAUUCGAUUUGUCAAAUAUGGACACAGUUGAGUGCAGAAUCGUAAGAAUAUCAAGAUUGGCCACUGACAACUUCCAAUUCGAACUCAAAUCAUUUGAUUUAUUUUGA